AUGGCCUCACACACCACAAUCAUGUCUCUCCUGAGGCGUGAAUUCGCACCGGUCUCUUGGAGAGCAAGUGUGGCCAAAUCUGGGUUCCGCGCCUAUUCUACCCAUGCGCUCAUAGGGUUCCCUUCCAGUCGGCGACGAGCUAUCCAACAACGACAAUUCCCAACACAGAAUGUCUGUUUAAACCAGAUACAGAGUUUUUCGAACACUCUGCAAAGGCGAUAUCCUGGUGACUCUGAUACCUUUGAUCCUUCCCAGAUUGAACGGGAAUCGGACAGUGUCGAUGUUUGCAUCGUUGGUGGCGGCCCCGCCGGUCUCGCCGCAGCUAUACAGCUCAAGAAAAUCGCAAACGAAGCGGGCAAUGAAGAUUUCAGGGUUAUACUUUUGGAGAAAGCAGGAGAGAUUGGGGAUCAUAUAAUGUCGGGCAAUGUUUUAGAGCCCAGUGCGAUCAAUGAAUUGCUUCCAGAUUGGUUGUCAGAGGACAAUCCCUCGAGAUUUGAACAUGCAACGCCUGCGAAGUCGGAUCGCAUGCGUUUCCUUACUAGCAAACAUGCCUUCCCAAUUCCAUGCCCGCCGCAGAUGAAUAACCACGGCAAUUACAUCAUCAGUUUGAGUCAGUUAUGCAAGUGGCUCGGAGAGCGGGCGGAAGAAGUUGGAGUUGAGAUAUAUCCUGGUUUCGCCGCAAGUGAGGUACUGUACAAGUCGGACGGAUCGGUCAAGGGAGUCGCUACCAACGAUCUUGGUAUUGGGCGCGAUGGGAAGCCCAAGGAUUCCUUCGAACGGGGAAUGGAGUUCCAUGCCAGAGUCACGCUGCUUGCUGAAGGAUGCCACGGAAGCUUAACAAAGCAAGUUAUCAAGAAAUUCGACCUGCGACGGGACAGCCAAUCUCAAACAUAUGGACUGGGAGUGAAGGAGGUUUGGGAGAUCCAGCCUGAGAAAUUCCGAAAGGGAGAAAUUCUUCAUACGUUGGGUUACCCCUUGCCCAAGGAUGUGUAUGGAGGAUCAUUCAUGUAUCAUUUUGGCGAUAACAUGGUUACUCUUGGGCUGGUUGUUGGUCUUGAUUACCCUAACCCCUGGUUAUCUCCAUAUGGGGAAUUUCAGAAACUGAAACACCAUCCUCUUAUCAAAUCCGUACUGGAGGGCGGGAAAUGCAUCUCCUAUGGAGCUCGCGCGCUUGCUGAGGGAGGCUUUCAGUCCAUACCAAAAUGCGCUUUCCCGGGUGGUGCCUUGAUCGGAGAUACUGCGGGGUUCAUGAAUGUUCCUAAAAUCAAGGGCACACAUAACGCUAUGCGGUCUGGCAUGAUUGCUGCUCAGGCAGCAUACUCAGCCCUUUCUUCAAAUCCAGACAGCUCAAGUGUAUUCCUGUACGACUACGAGGACGGCCUCCGAAAUUCUUCCAUAUGGAAGGAACUCAAAGAAGUACGAAACAUGCGCCCUUCAUUCGCAACUCCGCUGGGAAUCUACGGCGGCAUCAUGUACUCCGGCUUAGAAGCGUACAUUUUCCGUGGCAAGACGCCCUGGACCUUGAGCCACCACUGCACAGAUCCUGAUGCCACCAAGGCUGCGUACGAGUGCACGAAAAUCGAGUAUCCGAAACCAGAUGGAGUGAUUAGUUUCGAUAUUUUAACAAGCGUUAGCCGGACUGGCACCAACCACGAAGAGGACCAGCCGGUACACCUUCAGGUCAAGGACUGGGACAAGCACACCAAGCUCGCCUGGCCGAAAUAUCAAGGGGUCGAGAAUAGGUUUUGCCCUGCCGGAGUCUAUGAGUACGUCGAGGAUCCGAGUAAAGAGUUGGGAGUCCGGUUCCAGAUCAAUGCGCAAAAUUGUAUUCAUUGUAAAACCUGCGACAUCAAGGUCCCGACCCAAGAUAUCAACUGGCAAACACCUCAAGGCGGUGAAGGUCCAAAAUAUUACCUGACCUAG